GGAAAAGAAAAAAAAAACUUUUUGUAUCGAAGGAAUCAACAGCCGCCAUCUUGUUGUGGCUCGGAAUUGGGAUUUCGGUCCAACACUGGGUUUAACGUUCAAAUUGAGCAUCCUUGCCGCUAUAUGACGGCGUCCCUCCCCCGAAAACGCAAUCUUAACAUCGACUCGGAGGCAUUUUGUGCGCAAAAACGGGAAUUGGAUCGGUGGUCGUCGGACAGAAACGCUCGGUAUAUCUGAUUUCCCCUUCAAGUGCGGCGAUUCAGCCCUGUCGCCGUUCGGGAGCAGUAUUGUUUACCGUCCGCAGGUUGGGAUCGGACCUUGACUUUUGAAGAGAAUUGCAAAAUCUCGUUUUUAUGCAAUUGCUCUUUUUUUGGUGGAGCUGCGCGCGAUUUUUGCAUGAAGAAAUUUGACGUCACACAAAAUGAGUACUUUGAACAUCUAGAAUUUACGACCUUUUCAUCGGAAUGCAGCUGUUCACCUGAUUUCAUUGGAUUUAUGUCUUGGAAUUUGAUCUUUUCAUGGGAAAGCUUUUAAUUUUUGUUAUUUAAUGCUAAUAAUGUGGGUGUUGGGUGUUGGAUUAUCAUGGGGUGAAUGGCGGUGGCGGAGCGGGGCGCUAUUGCAUCUCUUUUGAAGACACCGACUCGCACAGCACCGACUAGCUAAAGGCUAGCUGUUAACUUAGCUGAUAGCAGGCUUUUAGCUAGCUAUCAGUCAGUUAGCUAACGUUAGCAGGCUGUCAACUUGCUAAUGUGCUAGCCGGGAAGCUUCGGGUUGAUACGCCAACUUCCAUGACAAACUAUAAUUACGGUUAUCAUCUAAACUGACCAGUUGGAGAAGAUAACUAUGGCUGAAAACCUCCUGGAUGUCGGACCUCCGAGCUCGAAGCGGCCCAAACUGAAUUCACCUGCCCUGUCAGCGUCUGAUGGACCAGAUCUUGGGUCACUGUCUUGGGACGACUUGGAAAAUGACCUUCCAGAUGAGUUGAUCCCCAAUGGUCGAGAUCUGAGCCUGAUGGGUGGAAUGUCCACAAAUGGAGGAACAACACCUGUAGCCGGUGGGCCUGGUGGUGGCACUGUUGUACCAGAUGCUGCUGCAAAGCACAAGCAGCUCUCAGAGCUCCUUCGAGCCGGUAGCACCUCUACGAUCACGGGUGCGGGGCUGAGCUCCGGUAGCCCACAACCAGGAAGUAUGGGCACUCAGCUUGGCACACCAUUGGGAAAGAGCCCCCUUGGUCAGGGCUCCCCCAACAACCACUCAUCCCCCCAAGCCCAAAAAGCAGGAACACCAACUGGAGUAGCAGGGCCGAACAACAACAAUGCUGUGACAAUGAGUCUGAACAACCCGGGCUUCAAUCAGGCCUUGAUGAGUAAUAGCCAGGGUCAUUCCGGGCUACUUGCUCAGAGUGGGCAAUCCCAACCCGGGCAAGUCAUGAACGGGGGACUUGGACCUGGAGCUGGAAGAGGACGAGGAUCAGGCGUGGUGGGCCUACAGUACCAGGGACAGACGUUGCAAGGGGCUGCAUCAGCAGCAGUGGGGGCUGGCAGUGCUUUGGCAGAUACACUUACGCAGGGAGGACAGCAGAUGAGUGGACAUGCGACGCUUAGUGCAGUACAGCAACCAAGCAACAUCAACAAGAUGGGCUUAGGUAGCAAUGGGGGUCCAUUUGUGACUCAAUCCUACGGACAGGCAGCUGCAGGGCCUGGCCAGCAGCUAAACCCUCAGCAGCAGCAGCAGCUCCAGAACAAGGCCGCCCUUGCCAACAGUCUACCACCUUUCCCCAAUGAACUCAAGGGGGCAGCUGUCACCAGUGUGCCAAACAUGCAGCAGCCCCAGCAACAGGCAGCCAUGCUGUCUGCUGCCAGCGGUGGAGGUAUGGCAGUGCCUUCAGCAGGCCCGACAGCUGACCCCGAGAAGCGCAAGCUGAUCCAGCAGCAGCUGGUCCUGCUGCUCCAUGCACACAAGUGCCAGCGACGAGACCAGGCCAACGGAGAGGUGCGAGCCUGUGACCUACCCCACUGCCGCACCAUGAAGAACGUCCUCAACCACAUGACCCACUGCCAAGCCGGAAAGUCAUGCCACGUGGCUCACUGUGCAUCAUCCAGACAGAUCAUCUCCCACUGGAAAAACUGCACACGGCACGACUGUCCGGUCUGCCUGCCGUUGAAGAAUGCCAGUGACAAGCGCACACAGCAGCCCAUGAGUUCCCCCAAUACCGGUCUUCAGAACCCCAUGUCUGCAGUCGGUGUGGGCCAGUCCAGUGCUCCUUCUAUCAAUACCUCAACCCCUAUAGACCCUAGCUCUAUGCAGAGAGCCUACGCAGCACUUGGGCUGCCUUAUGGUAGCCAAGCCACCGGACAUGCCCAGCCCCAACAGGCCCCAGGUUCGGGGCCGCCUACGGGCGCACAGAAUGCUCAGGCCCAGCAACAGCUUCCGCAGCAAAUGAGAAGCAUCAAUGCACUUGGUAAUCAGAAGUCCCUUGCGGGUGCCACAAUGGGUGUGACCACUUCAGAACAAACCAACCUACACACAGACUCUCUUCCCAACGCAAUCAACACUAACAAUCAGCUGUUGUCAGACGGCUCAGCUGUGGGCUCAAUGGGUAAUCUGCCCACUGCAGCACCCAUCUCCGCCACAGGCACCAGGAAGGCCUGGCACGAGCAUGUCACCCAGGACCUACGCAAUCACCUUGUACACAAACUAGUGCAAGCCAUAUUUCCUACUCCUGACCCAGCAGCAUUGAAGGACAGACGAAUGGAGAACCUAGUUGCGUAUGCCAGAAAGGUGGAGGGGGACAUGUAUGAGUCUGCGAAUAGCCGAGAUGAGUACUAUCACUUCCUCGCUGAAAAAAUCUACAAGAUUCAAAAGGAACUGGAGGAGAAGAGGCGCUCACGGCUGCAGAAGCAGAUUAUCAAUCAGGCACCUAUGGCAACCCAGGGCAGCCAGCAGCCUUGUCUCCCGCAGCCCAACACCUUAGGACCCAGGCCACAGAAUGGACCUCUUCCUUUGCCUAACAUGCCAAAUCAAAUCAUGAAUCGCAUGCAGGUUUCACAAGGAAUCAACCAAUUUAAUCACAUGGCCCUUCCCAAUGCCCAGAUGGCUCAAGCGACAAUGGGGACUCGAGCUGCUUCGCCAAUGACCCACCCCCAACAAAUGAACAUGAGUUCUGUCCCAGCGGUGGGCAUGUCACCCUCCAGAAUGCCUCAAGCCCAGGGUAUCAUCGGCAGUCACAACAGUGGCAACAUGGUGGGGCAAACAGCCAACCAGGGACAGUUUAUGGCUCAGACACAGUUCCCUCCAGGAUCUACUGCUGUCUCUGCAACAGGAGCAAUGAAUGUCACUUUGGCACCUGGUAUGGGUCAGCCACAAGCACAGGCUGCAGUGACCCAGCACCAACAACAGCAGCAGCAGCAGCAGAGCGCUAACCUCCCCAUGAAUGCACUUGGCCCCUCGCUGGGCCCGCAACUAGUCUCCUCCCAAACCCCCUUGCUCUCAACUCCUCCGCCUGCUCCCUCCUCCGCCUCCACCGCUGGGGCUGGCACUAACCCGCCCCUCCCCCAGUCGUCCAGCCGCAGUGCCACUCCCACCCAAUCUGGUCUUACCCCUACCCAAGGUGCCACCCCACCCUGCCCCACUCAACCCCAAACCCAACCCCUGGAACUCCCCUCAACAGCACAGACGCAGCCCCUGCCUCAACCCUUGCCUCAGCCCCCUACCACACCGCUGUCUCAACCAGGGCCCAAUCUGGACAACCGUGUGCCUACGCCGGCCUCGGCUGCUAGCGCUGACCUGCACUCACAGCACGCCACAGCAGAUCUGCCUGUCAAGGAGGUCAAAGUAGAUGCGCAUCACGAACAACAGGAGUUUGAGGCCGCUGGCGGCAAAACUGAACCCAAGAUGGAGACUGAUGAAGACACAAGUUCUUCCUUGGUGAAGAAGGAGGAGCCAGAGGCAAAGCAGGAGCCAAUGGAGGUCGAGGAGAAAAAGCUUGAACUGAAGACGGAGUCUAAAGAAGAGGAGGUAGAGGGAACCAACAGAACAACCUCCUCAUCCCCCUCUCGAAAGAAAGUCUUUAAGCCAGAGGAGUUGCGCCAGGCCCUGAUGCCGACUUUAGAGUCGCUCUACAGACAGGAUUCAGAGUCAUUGCCUUUCAGACAGCCAGUAGACCCCAUGCUACUGUGUAUUCCGGACUACUUUGACAUUGUGAAAAACCCGAUAGAUCUGUCCACAAUAAAACGCAAACUGGACACAGGCCAAUACCAAGAUCCUUGGCAAUAUGUUGACGAUGUCUGGCUAAUGUUUAACAACGCCUGGCUAUACAACCGCAAGACAUCCCGUGUGUACAAGUGCUGCUCCAAGCUGGCCGAGGUGUUUGAGGCAGAGAUUGACCCUGUCAUGCAAAGCCUGGGCUACUGCUGUGGGAGGAAGUAUGAGUUUUCCCCUCAAACCCUCUGUUGCUAUGGGAAACAGCUAUGCACCAUUCCAACUGGAGGCACAUACUACAGUUAUCAGAACAGGUACCAUUUCUGUGAGAAGUGCUUCAAUGAGAUUCAGGGAGAGAGCGUGACGUUAGGAGAUGAUCCUGCACAGCCACAGACGAUGAUAUCAAAAGACCAGUUUGAAAAAAAGAAGAAUGAUGUACUGGAGCCCGAGCCGUUUGUUGAAUGUAAAGAUUGUGGACGUAAAAUGCACCAGAUAUGCGUCUUGCACUACGAGGUUAUUUGGCCAUCUGGAUUCAUCUGUGGCAACUGUUUGACGAAAAGUGGAAAAACUCGGAAGGACAACAAAUUCUCUGCAAAAAGGCUGCAGUCGACACGACUGGGAAUGUAUAUAGAGGAUCGCGUCAAUAAAUUUCUGAAGAGACAGAACCACCCAGAGGCCGGAGAGGUGUUUGUGCGGGUGGUUGCGAGCUCUGACAAAACGGUGGAGGUGAAACCAGGCAUGAAAGCUAGAUUUGUGGACACGGGUGAAAUGCCCGAGACAUUUCCCUACAGAACCAAAGCACUUUUCGCCUUUGAAGAGAUUGAUGGCGUCGACGUGUGCUUCUUUGGCAUGCAUGUGCAGGAGUACGGGUCUGAAUGCCCAUUUCCUAACACCAGACGAGUCUACAUAUCAUACCUUGACAGUAUUCACUUCUUCAAACCACGACUUUUACGAACAGCAGUGUACCAUGAGAUCCUCAUCGGUUAUCUAGAAUAUGCCAAGAAACUUGGCUAUGCCCAAGGUCACAUCUGGGCAUGUCCUCCAAGUGAGGGCGAUGACUACAUCUUCCACUGCCAUCCACCCGAGCAGAAGAUUCCCAAACCUAAGCGGCUUCAGGACUGGUAUCGGAAAAUGCUAGACAAGGCUUUUGGAGAAAGGAUCCUGCAUGACUAUAAGGAUAUCUUCAAACAGGCAACCGAGGACCGUCUAACCAGCGCCAACGAGCUACCCUAUUUUGAAGGGGAUUUCUGGCCUAAUGUGCUUGAAGAAAGCAUCAAGGAGCUGGAGCAGGAGGAGGAGGAGAGGAAGAAGGAGGAGAACACUGCUGCCUCUGAAACUCCCGAGGGUACUCCGGGUGACAGCAAAAAUGCAAAGAAGAAAAACAACAAGAAGACAAAUAAAAACAAGAGCAGUUUGAGCCGAGCCAAUAAGAAGAAGCCUGGAAUGCCAAAUGUAGCUAAUGAUCUGUCCCAGAAGCUUUAUGCCACCAUGGAGAAGCACAAAGAGGUCUUCUUUGUCAUCCACCUCCACUCUGGUCCCAUGAUCAACACCUUGCCUCCAAUCAUCGACCCUGACCCCUUGCUUUCCUGCGACCUGAUGGAUGGCCGUGAUGCUUUCCUGACGUUGGCCAGGGACAAACAUUGGGAGUUCAGCUCUCUCCGGAGGUGCAAGUGGAGCACGAUGUGCAUGCUGGUCGAGCUGCACAACCAGGGACAGGACCGCUUUGUCUAUACUUGCAAUGAGUGCAAGCACCAUGUUGAGACACGCUGGCACUGCACUGUUUGUGAGGACUUUGAUCUUUGCAUUAAUUGUUAUAACGCAAAGGGCCAUGAGCACCAGAUGGUGAAAUGGGGUCUCGGCCUGGACGACGACAACAACAGCCAAGGUGGAGAGGCCUCGAAGAGCCCACAGGAAAGCCGGCGUUUGAGCAUUCAACGUUGCAUCCAGUCUCUUGUCCACGCUUGUCAGUGUCGCAAUGCCAACUGUUCUCUACCGUCCUGCCAGAAGAUGAAGCGAGUAGUGCAGCACACCAAGUUCUGCAAACGGAAAACAAACGGUGGCUGUCCUGUAUGCAAGCAGCUUAUUGCUUUAUGCUGUUACCAUGCAAAAAACUGUCAAGAGAACAAGUGUCCUGUCCCAUUUUGCCUGAAUAUCAAGCACAAGCUUCGCCAGCAGCAGCUGCAACACCGGCUUCAGCAGGCUCAGUUGAUGAGGAGAAGAAUGGCUACCAUGCAAGGCAGAACCAUGCCGCUACCGUCUCCGCCUGCAUCGGCUGCUCCAAGUACUCCUACGUCCCACGCCCAGCCCAGCACACCUCACACACCACAGCAGCCGCUCUCCAAUCAGCCCCAGACCCCCAACUCGGCGGGUGUCAUGUCCCCUUCUUUCCCGAACGCACCACGCAAUGGACAGCCUCAGUCAGCUGUGUCCCAGGGUAAGCCAGGCCCCCAUGCCUCACCGCUACACCAGCAGCAGUCUCCUAUUCCCCAGCCGCCUCAGCCGCAACAAAUCCAACAGCAGCCUCCCAUGGCUGCUGUCAAGAUGGCACGGCACAUCGAAUUGAUGGCACAGGCCCAGCAGAACCAGCAAAACUAUCUGGUCAACAUGAACGGCUUGCCCAUGAAUCCCCAGCAGCCACAGCAGCGUAUGGCAGGACCAAUGCAACCACCCAUGCAGAUGGUAUCGGGGCCCAGGGGACCACAGGUCAUGCAACCAAACAUGGCCCCAGGUCAGUGGCCUGCGGCUGCAGGGCCCAUGCAGGCGACACAGACUCAACAAACAGGCCUCGUCCCAGGCCAGACCUCCCCACAGGCCAUGACCAUGCAGAGAGCCAUGAUGCCCCCAGGACAGCAAGCUCAGGGUCAGAGAAUGCUCAUACCACAGCAGCCUGGUGCACGGCCACAGGUACCGCAAAGACCUGGUGCUAUAGCCCCCAACGCCCUCCACGAUCUUCUGCGUACUCUGAAGUCUCCUAGCUCCCCUCAGCAGCAACAGCAAGUCCUCAACAUCCUCAAAUCAAACCCUCAGCUUAUGGCUGCUUUCAUCAAACAACGAACAGCCAAGUAUCACGCCAACCAGCCGCAGCCACAGCAGCAGCAAGCGGGUCAACAACAGCAGCAGCAGCAGCAGCAACAGCAGCCUGGUUUGCCCCCAAUGCAGGCCAUGGCCAUACCAGGGGGUACUGUGCAAAGGCCAGGAAUGCCGUCUCAACAACCUCAGCAGCCUCCUGCUCAGGGUAUGGCAGCGUUGGGUGCUCAAGGACAGCUGAUGAACCCAGCACAUACAGAGCUCUAUCGCCGGCAAAUCGUGAGACAGCAACAGCAGCAACAACAACAACAGCACCAACAACAACAGCAGCAGCAGCAGCAGCAGCAGCAGGGGGUGAUGCCGCAGGGCCACCCUGGCCAGUUCCCUGCCCAGACACAGGGUACAGCAGCCACAUACUCUCCGCUCCGCAUACAGCAACAGCAGCAGAUACAAGCCAUGCAAGCAGGCGCAGGAACAGCUGGAGGGCCCAUGGGCCAACUCCCGCCCAUGGCGCAGAUGGCCCAGCCAGGUAUGGGAAUGGACCCUGCUCAGAGUCUACUACAUCAACGGAUGCUUCAGCAGCAGCAACAGCAACAACUUCCUCAGCAGCAGGCCGUCCUCAAGCAACAGAUGGGCUCUCCCGCCCAGCCCAGCCCCAUGAGCCCCCAAACCCACUUGCUUUCCGGGCAGGGUGGGCCUCAUCUCCCUGGUCAGCCCGCGCUAGCUAACAGUCUCAGCAACCAAGUCCGCUCCCCUGCACCAGUCCAAUCCCCCUGUCCACCCUCGCAGCAACCGCCACAUUCCAGUCCCUCGCCGCAGAUUCAGAACCAGCCUCAGCCUUCACCGCAACACCCGCCCCCGUCUCAUUCAAGCUCUCCUCAUCCAGGACUUGGGGGCUCUCUAUCAGGGUCCUUGGAACAGGCGCACUUGGGGACACCAGAACAAAGCGCCAUGCUACCACAGCUUAAUCCUCCCAACAGAGGGGUACUAAAUAGUGACUUGAGCAUGGUGGGAGAUGCUACAGGAGACACUCUAGAGAAGUUUGUGGAGGGAUUGUAGCAUUUCUGCUGGGAAAUGAAGAACCCUCCCCCAAAUCGUCCUAAUUUCCCCUCAGACUCUUUAUCUAAGAGGGUUUUGUUUGUUCUUUCUACUAUUGAGAUUGUUUUUGUACCUGUUAUAAAAGCUGUUUUCAAAACAAAAAAGAGAAUUGGUAAAGGAAAAUAAAAGUCCAACACCCCCUUGGGAAUAUAAUAUUCCCUAGUUAAGGAUUUUUUUUUCUUCCUGAAGAUAUUGAGGGAUUAAGUCACAAAGAAUAUAUUUUUUGGUUGAGACCAAAUGUGUUCAAUAUUCAAUUUAUUUUUGGUUGGUUCUUGGUAUGAUUUCAUGCCUUUCUCUUAUUUUUAUUUUAAAGAAAAUGUACAAUUGCAUUAUAUUAUUCAUAUCUUUUCUACCAUUAGCGGAAACAAAUUGUGUUUAAGUUUGUCUGGGAGCUGGGCCAGGUUUAUGUUCUAUCGUCAAGCUGUUAUUCCUGGCAUUUGUAGUCAUGUGUUGUAUCAUUACUCCAAGAUGAGGUGUUGAGGGACUGAGACCUCUCUGUGUGUAUGAAGGAGCACUCUGUUGUAUUCAAAUAGGAAAUGGACUGUGGUAGGUGGUUUACACAGACAUGUAUACAGGUGCACAUGAAGACACCGACGCAAACCUCACGCUCACUAAAAGAAAUCAUAGAUCCUACUGGUUUCACAAACUCCCCCAAAACUACAGUCUACAUCUCAUGGCUUGGACAUUGGAAGCUCUGUUUUGCAGGUGUAGAAAAAAUCGUUGCUUUGACAUUAAAAAAAAUGAUUUGUCAUGAUUUUUGUCAUACAAAUGUAAAGUGUAAAGAGAGUGUGAGAAAGAGACCCCCCCCCCCCCCCCCAAAAAAAAAAAAAAAGCUGAGGUGGAAUGAUUAUCAACAGUGGUGCUGCAUCUGCGUUGAUGGCCCACCCUCAAAACUAUACACUAAAGGUGCAUUUGAAGAAUGGAGGCACGUUCAAGGUUCACCUGGAGUAAUCAACCUGCAUUCCUCUCACAAGAAACUUGAAUGGGCAGGGGGUCACUGCUUUUUCUCCUAUUGUAAAGUCAGUUAAGCAAAAUACUAUAAAUAUAAGGAAGAAUGAAAACACUGUACAAACUGGUAAAUGGCUCAUUUCUUACUCUUACCAUAUUGUUAAAUAAACUGUGCAACAGAAGAA